GAGCAGGCAGUUGUGUUCAGUGUGUGAGCUGGCCGACUGACAACAAGUGGUUUUCCGCUGAGAAUUAAUCCAAAGCACUAAGGAGAGGCAGCGGCUGAUUUUUUGUAUAUCUUCAGUAGCUUGUUAAAGUAGGCCUAAUGACUGCCCCAAUCAGUCUUAUAAUUUAAGAAAAACUGGUCGUUCGUUGCCUUCUGGUUUGUCUCCCGGGUGCGUCGUGAGUAAUUAGUUAAUUUGGAUCACCCGGCGCUCCCGGUUAAACCUGUAGGGAAACCUGCCAGGUGGACGCGACGCUGUGCGCUUCGACCAGUUUGUAAGUCAGCUUAACUUUACUUUCUGAUUCCGUCCAACAUGUACAGCAUGAUGGAACACGAGCUGAAGCCGACCGGCCAGCCUCUUUCUCAUCAGACCUCCCAGGGAAUGUCACCGGUCACCGGCAACAUGACCGGGAGCAUGGGCAGCAAUGGCAACUCUCACCCGAGCUCCAAAACGGCAUGCGCACCUGGAGGCGACCCCAUGGAUAAAGUCAAGCGGCCCAUGAACGCUUUCAUGGUCUGGUCCAGGGGUCAGAGGCGCAAGAUGGCCCAAGAAAACCCCAAAAUGCACAACUCUGAGAUAAGUAAACGUUUGGGAGCCGAAUGGAAACUCCUGACCGACGCCGAGAAGCGGCCCUUCAUCGACGAGGCCAAGCGGCUCCGGGCAGUCCACAUGAAGGAGUACCCCGACUACAAAUAUAAGCCACGCCGCAAGACAAAGCCGUUGCUUAAAAAGGACACUCAGGUGGGCAAGUACCCGCUGUCAGCGGGGAACCUGCUGGCGGCGGCGGCGCAAGGCCAAGGUGGUAGUCCGAGGAUGGAGAGCUACGGCUGGGGCCCCACCGGGGGGUACGCCGGCAUGCAGGGCGAGGCGCUGGGCUACACACAGCAGCUACACCGGUACGACCUGUCCGCUCUCCAGUACCCACCUGCAAUGUCGGCGGCACAGACCUACAUGAACGGAGGCAACUCGUACAGCCCCAUGUCAUACAGCAGCAGCCCCCAGCAGCCAAGCCCUGUCACAAUGUCCAUGGUGAAAGCAGAACCACUGUCCCACUCGCCUCCAACAGGGACGCCAAACCACCACCGGGGUCCUUUGCAAGGUGACCUCAGGGACAUGAUCAGCAUGUACAUUCCUGGACCAGGAGGGGAUGCCGGUGACCCCACAACAGCACAGAGGGCCUACACUAGUGUCCAGCAGCACUACCUCAACGGAACCGUCCCACUCACACACAUCUAGGACUGCAGUAGGAAUCCUGUAGGCGUGGGGGGGUGAACUGAGUGAGAGCACCACAGAUGCUUAUGACGCACAGCUGGCUGGACAGGAGAUGAAUUCAGGUGUGGGGAGGAAUUUUAGAGUGGCAAAGCAAAGAGACACAAGAUGUUACCCCCUUUCCCCCCCUGUAUUCGAUGAGGUUCCACAUGUGCCUACAAUUACAGAUGCACAACUGAUUGAAAAGUUCUUGUCUACCUCUUUGGUGCCACAUCAGUUCAGAUAAAUGCCACACACCCACCACCACACUUGCAGAGCUGACACCCCCCCCCCCCCCCCGCCUACCACUCUCCAGCAGACGUCUCUCCAUGAAGGACAGCAGUGAAGACAGGCGCAACAUCUGUUUAUUUUGUACAUAUUAGGAAAUGUUGUUUUGUCUUUUUAUAUGUUUUAGAACUUAUCCAUUACAAGUCAAUACUCUUUAAUACCACCCUAAACACUUGUGACACUGGCACUCUUGACAGUUCAUCCAUACCCAGUCAGUGCCAGGGGACUGGUGCAGUUAGUGGAUUUAGUCUUCUGCUGUUUGACCACCAAGCCAGUCCCUACAGAGACAAAUGACCUGGCAACCUUGUGCCCAGGUGCCAUGGAUCCCAAUCUCUCAGCUGGUGACAGACGACAAAUCACCUGCUGAAGUGCUCUGGUUGUCAAUUAUCUCUUGUUGCUGCCCUGAUGUGCGAGCGGAGCUGGUGAACAGCUGGGUGCCGGUGGGGAAACCGGAAAGGAAAUGCACAACGCGAAUGACAGAGCUGUUUUUAAAAUUAACUCUUUAUUUUUCUAUUUUUAACUGAAAUCCUGCUGGAUGACGUGAAAAACACCUGUUGGACAAUUGGCACUGCAUCCACAGGAAAUGAACAGAAUACACUGCCUUCGAUGACUUGUGGUUUUGCUUGGAAUGUAAAACCAGUUUAGUUCUACAUUCAGUAGGUCUAGUGUCCUCUGGUCACACCAGAUCACUGGAUUGACAGUUUUUGAGUCUGAGAAGUGGUAUGAUGCUGUCUUUGCUGCCUGAGUUUUUAUAAUUGCUAUAUUUAGUUUUAGUUUUUAUCUUUUUUUAAUGUAAAUGUUCGGAUGCGGCGUUCUGGCAGCAUCCAGAGUUGCUAUGUGUAUUCAUUGUCACUUUGCUCUAGGCAAGAGGUAUAUUGUGUUUAGGCUUUUCAGUAAGUGAAUGAAAUGUAAUAUGAAAUGCUACAUUUCAGUUGAGGAGUUUUAUCCAAACAGCAGAUGAGACUUGCAAGUUAUGUUCCACCAAGCAAACUGGACUGACGAACGUCUUCCAGGCAUGUUUGUUAAUGACCUGUCAAUGGUUUGUGUUUUGACUACCAGUAAGAAUGUAUCAUAGUAACGUUCAGAUAAAAUCUCCAGCAAACCUUCCAUCUUGUCACAGAUAACGUAACCUGUGGUUAAUUAUAUCAUACUAAAAACAAUCCUUUUUAAUCCUGGUUCUCUCAAACUGACUCUGUCAUGUCUAGCCUGCUGUCAGUUACUAGUGCUGCUGUACUGUCAUUUUCUCUGUCUAGCCUGCUGUCUGGUUACUAGUGCUGCUAUGGAGCUAAAGGGAACUUUUAUUUUCAACCUCCAAAAACAGAAUAUUGAAUGUGCUAGAUUUAUUCAGAUAAGUUCUUAACUUUUGAAGCAUUCAUUACUAAACAUGCACUGGAAACGGAUGCCCUACUUCUUGAACUGGGAGAGCAGUUCUAUUAAAGUGAUGCAUGAAUGUUUACAAUGCUACCCAAGUAUUUGAAAACUUAACUUUUAUACUGACUUGUAUCUCUAUUUUUAGAAUGAAUGAUCUUGUAUGUAAAUGCUGCCAUAUACUAGUUACUGUGUGUAGCAUUCAUGUAAAUGUACUGUAUACAUUUUUAGGCUCUUAUACUAAGAGUCUUGAUUCCUUUUUGAUUAAAAAAAUAUUUGUUAUGGCAUUCAUAACAAUAUUAAUAAAAAGUACAAAUCUG